AUGGUUCACUACGCGUCCCUCCUCCUCGCCUGCCUCCUGGGCAGCGCCGCGGCAGGCGUCGCCCCGAGCGACACGAAUUUGGAUGAGCGCUCCAACAAACAGGUCUCCACGGAUGGGACCCUGCACUGUGGCAUCUUCGGGUCCGGGGACAAGGACACCGUCUCGGCGCUUGAGAGGGAUCUGUCCGGGAAACUUAAGGACCAGAUGUUCAACAUCAAGCCCGGCGAGUGCAACAGGGUGCACUGCGACGAUACAACCGGAAUCUACGUCUGUAACGACGGCAGCCAUGAGAUACCGCUCAGUGGCUCAAUGAUUGCCAAGGGCGUCAAGUGUAUCUAUGACAACUGCUGCCGGGAUGACUACUCCGGCCUGUCCUCGUACAACAGGGGCCAGUCCGGGCAGAAGUUCUUCCAAGCGAUGGGUGUCAACUUCAACAUCGCUGUCGGGUACGGGAACUGCCGCGACCCCGUCAACAUCAGGCCCGACCGCGCCGAAGGCUGGGGCGUCAACCCCGUGUGCAAAGGCGGCGUCAUGGUCCCGGACAACGUCAACUGUUACUGA